AUGUCUCCACCUUACACCACCACCACACCUUCUCUUCUGCACCCCCGAACUGUAGCGUCACCCACCUGUUCAUCGUCAGAGCUCUGCUUCGCCGUGGUCUAUUUCGCAGUGUCAUUUCACCACCCAACCCGCAGUGAUUCGCGAAGGGAAAAGUUCGGCAGCGUGGGUGCUCUAGGAAGUAGUCUCAGGGCUCAUAGAGAUAGUGCAAGAGGGGGAUUCCAGAUCUCAUUUCAAUUUCUGGUUUAUAGGGCUCAACAUAAUAAGAUGGGAGUACAGACAGUUGACAUAUUGAAAACUGAAAUUCCCCUGGAUGAGGAAUCAGUUGUUAUACCUGAAGAUGCUAAGGCUGAUUUAGUUCUUGUAGACAUCAUCAAUGGAUUCUGCACUGUUGGAGCUGGCAAUCUUGUCUGUUGA